CAUGGUUUGCUAUUUCAAUUCCUUGAAGCAGGCAACGAAGACUAUGUCAACUGUCAAAGUAGCAAUAUGUCAAGAAUUUUGCACAAAAUUGAGGAGAAGCUUCACAUACACCACAAACAUGGAGAUGAUGAUAUUCCUGCAGCACAAAACAAGCCACAAGAAAUUACCCCUGUGAUUAAUGAGGAAAGCAAUGUAGAUAAAAAGGAGGACGACGUUGAUGAUCAUAAGAAAAGGCAUUUGGUGAAAAAAGUUGGGAAAAUUGCGAAAAAAUUGUUACAGGGUCAUAACAAAACCUCCAGGGAGGAAGGCUACGAAGGAGAGGAGGAGGAAGAAGAAGUAGAAAUGGAAGAAGGUGGUUUUGAAUUUGAACUCAAUUUCGACUUUUGAAUUUUUAUUACUCGUCGUAUUAUGAUUUAGGUAUCAACCCAAUUGUUGUGUGCCUUUAUAUUUGCCUUCUUGUUUA